AUUAAAAAUACAAUUAUUUCAAUGAGAAAUUGUGAAAAAUAUUCAAUCAAGGAAAUAUCUAACGCUUGCAAUUUAACUCGAAAUGCUGUUGGUCGUGUUAUAAAAAAUAGUGAUAAUAAUAUACCCUUCACGUCAUCUACAGUAAAAAGAAAAGAAACGUAUAAAAUCAAAAGUUCUAUAAAUACAAACAUUGAACAGACAAUAUUUAAUUUCGUGGUCUGUAACAAUGCCGUAGUUCAAAAAGAAAUUCAAACGCAAAUUUUAGAACAACAUGGUAAAAACGUUUCAAUCUCAUUUGUUUCCCGUAAAUUAAAGAAAUUAAUAUUGACACGAAAAAGAUUAGCAAUUAUUCCUCAAGAAAGAAACACCAUGGAAAGAAUAAAUCAGAGAUCAAUUUUUGCGGCAGAAGUUGCUAGAAUUGCUGAUUCAAAUUUGGUUUUUUUAGACGAAACCGGAUUCAAUAAACAUAUAGUGCGCUCAUAUGGCUAUUCUCCAAAAGAUACAAAAGCGUACUUCACAGUUCCUGCAAAUAAAGGACAAAAUGUUAGCCUCAUGUGCUUAAUUUCCAAUUUAGGAGUUGAAUGUUACCAAUACAAAAGCGGCGCAUGCAAUACACAAUCAUUUAUUGAUUUUAUCAACAACAAACUAGUACUAUUCUUUGCAGUAAAUCCAAAUAAAAUUCUUAUCCUAGAUAAUGCAAAAUUUCAUAAAGCAGCUGCAGUACUUCAAUUACUAAGAGAAAAAAAUAUUACUAACAAGUUUUUAGUACCAUACUCCCCUGAAUUAAACCCAAUCGAAGAGUUCUUUUCAAUGUUAAAAUCCAAUUUCAAAUCCACGAGAAAUGCUAAUCCCGAUAUGACUGUUGAAGAAACUCUAGAAUCUAUUUUAUCACCUGAUAAUAGUUAUAGUCAACAGUGCAAUGCCUUUUAUACAAAUAUGAGAAGAUGGUUGGAAAAGGCAAUAAGAAGAGAAGAAUUUAUCUAAUUAAAAUAUUUAAAAUGA